AUGGCUCUGCCCCGACCUCUUCCCGUUGCGGCCGGCGCCGUGGCGCUGAUCGCCACCAUCACCAUCGUCGUCAUCCACGUCGUCCUCGCCGCCCACAUUACCGUAAACCCGCCAGUCCGGACUUCGGCGAUUCUGUCCUCGAUUUUGGAAAGCAUCCUUCUAAUCAUUAUGGGAUGGAUGAUGUCUGCGAACCUAACCCGCAGGUCCCGAAGCUGUUCAAAGCGCCUCAUCAGCAUCAUGUUCGCCACCAGCAUGCUCACGUGCAUCCUGGCCACCGCCGCCUCGGUGGCCACCAUGAUCUGCCUCGGCAAUGCCGCAAAUGCCCUGCCAGAUUCCGUUCUGGGUGCGAAGCAGACAAGCUUUCUCAUCGCUUCGUCCGUUGCUCUCGGCCUCUGCUUUGCGUGCCAGCUCAUUUUCAUCGUCAUUCACUUCGUCCUGGCUCGCCUUUUCGCCCGCCAAGGGGCGGACUCGCUCCACUCGGAUGAGGAGUCCCGCAAGACUCCCAACGUCCACAUCAAGUCGGUCCCCUACCACCGUACUUGCCCGACGUUCGAGAGCAGGGGCCGAUCCGUUUCCACGGGCUCGCAGACCCCGCCCCAGUCCAGCAGCGGCCGGUCUGCUACCGAGACGCUGUACUCCAUCCGCUCCUCGCUGUCCAACGUCGUCCGGCCCAUCUCCUCGAGAACUCGUCUGCUGCCGCUGAGGGAGAAGAAGCGGGCGUCGUCGAUCGACUCGAACCACUACCGGUCACGAUCUAGCAGCGUCAACGAGGAUCCUUCGUUCGACUCAUGGGACACAUCCUCCGUCGACAUGCAAAGCCGCUUGACAGUCCUCGGCACGUCGUCUCCUGUCCCUGGAAGGUUCCUCGAGACCAUCCCAGCCAGCCCUACUACCAGCCGCAGUCCCAGUCCCGGCACGCCGCUGGACAUGGACCUGGAGACCCCGCGCCCUCGCCGCCGCAGCCGCAGUUAUAGCCCCGCCCCCAUGGGCAGUCUCCGGAAUCCUGAGCACACCUUUACGCUGCAGGCUUCUGCCAGCGAGUGCUCCCUCCGGCGCCCCGAGCCCGCAUUCACCAUGCAGGGCUCCGCGAGCGAAUCGCACAUUCACCCCUUAUUCCGGUCCGACUCCCCGGAUCCGCCGCCCAUGGUGACGCCUGGCACCGUCGUCACCGCGGCUCCCGACGCAGGCCGUGUCCUUCCAGACCGGAACAGCAUUCGGCGCAUGAGAAGCGGCAGCCUGCCUUCGGGCCCUAGCCCUCUCAGCUGCGCAAGCAGCUUUGAGAACUUCUUCCCCAGCAACCCGCCGUCCAUCAAGGAGAAGGGCGAGCUUCCGUCGCCCCAAGAGGAAGAUGAGGCUCUCGGCGAAAGACAGAUGACGCCUCCCAUUCCCGAGUGGAUUCUGACCGCCGGGUCCCGGACGAGCCUGUCCGGAUACCAAAGCCGGAAGCUCCGGGUCGACGGGGACGUUGAGCAGGGGCAGUCAUGA